UCUAUCCCAGGAACAACACCCUCUUGUUUUCCCAUCUAUCAUCAAUCACUGAUCCGUUAGCCUCAAGAUUUACUCUUCGCCAGAGCUAUGGGGAACCAACAAUCACAAUUGGGAGGUGGCCCUCCAGGGCAAGGAGGCAAAGAAGACAAGGACAAGAAGAAGGAGAAGCCCAAGUACGAGCCUCCACCACAACCAACCACCAGAAUCGGACGGAGAAAGCGCAAGCAAGCCGGACCAAAUGCCGCGGCGAAGCUACCUACAAUCUAUCCUACAGCUCGAUGCAAACUACGAUAUUUAAGGAUGCAGAGAGUCCAUGACCACCUUCUUUUGGAGGAAGAAUACGUCGAGAACCAAGAGCGCAUAAGAAAGACCAAGGCAGCCCAGACACAAACUCCUGCCGCUGCUACGGAAGGUGCAGAGCUAGAUCGAAACGCGGACGAAAGAAGUCGAGUCGACGAUAUGCGAGGCAGUCCCAUGGGCGUGGGCAAUUUGGAAGAACUGAUCGAUGAUGACCAUGCCAUUGUCUCCAGCGCCACUGGCCCAGAGUACUAUGUUUCCAUCAUGUCCUUUGUCGACAAAGACCUUCUCGAACCCGGCGCCUCUAUCCUGCUCCAUCACAAAUCCGUGUCGGUUGUUGGUGUUUUGACAGACGACGCCGACCCGUUAGUCUCGGUGAUGAAAUUGGACAAAGCACCAACGGAGUCAUACGCAGAUAUUGGUGGUUUGGAAAACCAAAUUCAAGAGGUCCGCGAAGCCGUCGAGCUACCCCUACUACACCCGGAACUCUACGAAGAGAUGGGUAUCAAACCGCCAAAGGGCGUCAUUCUCUACGGCGCUCCGGGAACAGGGAAGACUUUGCUUGCAAAGGCUGUUGCCAAUCAGACAUCCGCAACUUUCCUGCGCAUCGUUGGUUCCGAGCUGAUUCAGAAAUACCUGGGUGACGGCCCACGACUGGUUCGCCAGCUUUUCCAAGUCGCCGCCGAGAACGCACCCAGUAUCGUUUUCAUCGAUGAGAUCGACGCCAUCGGCACAAAGCGAUACGAGUCAACAUCAGGCGGCGAGCGAGAAAUCCAACGAACCAUGCUCGAACUCCUCAAUCAACUCGACGGCUUCGACGACCGAGGCGAUGUCAAAGUCAUCAUGGCCACGAACAAGAUUGAAACGCUGGAUCCGGCGCUGAUCCGUCCCGGCCGUAUCGAUCGGAAAAUCCUGUUCGAGAACCCUGACCAGAACACCAAGAAGAAGAUCUUCACGCUGCACACGAGCAAGAUGAGUCUGGCCGAGGACGUGGAUCUUGAUGAAUUCAUUGCGCAAAAGGAUGACCUCAGUGGUGCAGACAUCAAGGCUAUUUGCUCCGAGGCUGGGUUGAGAGCGCUGCGUGAGCGCAGAAUGCGAGUCAACAUGGCCGACUUCAGGAGUGCGAGGGAGAGUGUGAUGAAGACGAAGAGUGAGGGUGAGCCGGAAGGGUUGUACUUGUAAAUCUAAUCGCAGGAACUCAUAGAGGAUGCUUCUCGUCCUGUGUUUCUUGGGGUUCUGGCUUGUACUUAACAUAGAGUCACCACGGGGGUUCCGUAGAUUGAUGAACACCAAAGGGAAUUCUUCCAGGUUCUCCUCGAUUGGUUGCGUCUUCCUCUCGGUCACCAUGAGAUCUCUAAUGCUUUCCGCUG